GAGGUUGUCUGAAUUACACAUAAUAGUCAAUAGAACCAAAUCCGCCGAGGAACCAAAUCUGCAAACUUCAAGCCGCGUCAAACCCGGCGGAUAUGGUUCCGAUUAAAAACGAUAUCGAAUCCGCCGCUACACCGGCCGGUUGAGGUCACUGAUCUCAGUGGUUGACUUGAGGUAGGCGAAUUAACGCGAACGAAGUUGGAAACUGAACUCUGUCCCAAGAUGCGAUCACAGGUCCUAUCUCUGUAUAAGUUGCUGCAGAGAACAAGUCAAAGCACUUUUCUUGGAGAUUUUAAAGCUCUUGAAGCUGCAAAAUUAAGGAUUCAGGAUGAAUUCAAAUCAAAUAAGGAUGUCACUGAUCCCAAGGCUAUAAAGAAGUUAUUGAAGACAGGUGAAGAUGUUCAAUUAUUGCUCAAGACAUCUGUUGCUCAAGGUAUUCACAAGGAAAAUGGCAAAUACUCACUGAGAAUUCAUGAACAUCUUCUGAGGGAGGAUAAUGCACCCUUGCCAUGCAAAAAGGAAAACAAGGAUGCAAGUGAAACUAAAAGAUGAAGUUACGAUGGUGAUCAGUGGACAUCCUGCCUUUUGGGCUUUGACAUGAUGAGUUAACAUUCGUGUUGCAUUUUGAUGUACCUUGGACAAUAUGAGGACAUUGAUGGAACGAUGAGGUGCUAUACAGAGAGAGUACACAAAUUUCAGCUUUAAAAUGAGCUAGGAAAGUUUGGUCUGUAUCAACGAAUUACAGAUUGUGGUGCAUGUUGUAUAUUCAAUACAAAGUUUGAGCAUGGUGCCUUCUGUUGAUAGAUCCAAUUACUGGAUGGAUGCUCAUUCAUAUCUCUACUAUUUAUGUAUACUCCAGGGCCUAUUGUUGUUUGGGUUUUUUUAUGAAUACAUACAUAAUUACCCCAAUAUCAUAUUAGCUCACUCAUUUCAUUGUUUUCUCUCACAAAAAUUUUGCAAUAUCAAACAAAAGUAAAUUUAUUAAUAAAUUUCCUUUCAUUAAAUCAAUUACUAGUAAUAUAUUCAUUUUGUUGAUAAUUAGCUAUGAUACAAGCUGUAUGAUAACAUACAUAAGAGAAGUGCUGUUUAUGGAUGAUAGCAAAUAUAUUCCAUUUUUAAUGUGAACAUUGCUUAUCAGCCUAAUGGAAUAAGUGAUUUAUAUUUAUAUAAUGCACAUCUUUGUGAUAUUCCUUGAUUAUUUUCUGUCCUUAAAGCUAUGAUUUUGAGGUAUCACUUUUUACUGAAGCUUUAAAGUGCCAUUGACUUGUCAAGAUGGCAAAUUGUCUCAUGAAAAGUUGUAUGUCAACAUGACGAGUUAUGUUAUCUUGUUUGUUUUACCAUGCAUAACAAAAACUAAAUUGACAGAAUAAAAUGUUACAUUGAUAAUAAACAAAUAAUACACAGUA